AUGGCACAACCAGCGAGCCGGGGUGAGGAUGUCGAGGUCCGCAACCGACUGCCCACUUUGAUGGAGGUUCUGGGAAGAAGAACUUUGGCUCCGGUUGAUUUGUUUUCAUUCUACAUUUACAUGCGUGACCAGCAACGCUCGGUGGACUACCUGGACUUUUGGCUCGAUGUCUCUCAACAUAUGUCCUUGUGCCGCCACUAUGUCCGAGAACUGCGCCGGUCGAUGCUCGUCGAUACGCCCGAGAUGGAAAAGACCACCAGCAAAAGGUCUUCGGCGUUGCUCGAACAGUUUGAACUCGGCGAAGGAAUAGACUCAAGAAAGAGUGGUCACGAAUCAAGAGUGUCUGCCAUCUUAAGAUCAGAUAACGGAGGUGCUGGUGCUGCAGGCCCAAAGCCCCCUCGAAGCAGAGAAGGAGGCGGUGCUACUACCGAGCACUCACCUUCCCACAGCUUGGGAUCAGCAAAUUCAAGAAACCUCAGUCGUCCUUCCGGCGACCGACCCUCGCCGUCCGAGCUGCCACAACCGUCCUACUCUACCCCUGAAGUGCGAACGGACUCGAAUUCUCCUGGACAUAGUGUCGCUAGGGCCGACAUUAAAGCCAGCGCGGAGAAGAUCCUCUACACUUUUGUCUUGCCUGGAUCAGAGCGAGAAAUUGUCUUGCCAGACACUAUGCUGAACAGGAUCAUUCGAGCAAUCGAGGAGGAAGGACGAGAUGAUCCAGAAGUGUUUGACGAUGCAAAGGACUACGUCUUUCAGGCGAUGGAGAGGGAUGCGUUUCCAGGGUUUUUGCAGGCCAAAGCCCUGGGAAAUCUGGUCCCAUUGAGCGUGUUGAUCAGGCUCGCUAUUGGUCUUGCGAGCUUGAUGGCCGGGUUUUGGGCCGGUUACUACAUGAUUCUGCGGGAUAGGUCGAGGGCCACUCGCUGCUGGCUUAUCCUUCCUUUUACCAUCGGCUGCUACUUCCUCGUCUCCUACCAAUACAAGCUCGACAUCGUUGCUGCCUACCUGGGAUUUAGUGAAUACACAUGGAUGAACUGGUCACGCGUCAGAGAGCCGUUUGUGCGUCGACUGCUUCUGACGCGAGCGACUAUUGCAUUCUUGAUGUUUGCGGCAACGGCGGUAGCAUUGAGUGUCUUGUUUAUAUUUGUGCCGGGCACGAGGUUCUAG